UGAGCCAGGCGCUGCUGCGCCUCGCGUCCGCCGUCAGCCGCAGGAGGAUGAAGCUGCUGCUGGGCAUCGCGCUGCUCGCCUACGUGGCCUCUGGACUCAGCCAUUUCUCCAAGGAGCCCUGCUUCCUUUCAGUGGAGAGCGUGCAUUAGAACUCGGGUCUGAGCACUCACUGAGGUGUCCUUGCUUCCAGCUCUUGCAGUGGACAGAGCCGGGACAGUAUUUCCUGGAAGGCCCUGGUAUCAGCGUAUGGAGCUCACCUGUGCUCUGUGUGUCUCUCCUGUGUUCUCCGUGACCAGGCUCCUGAGCAAGGCAUUUUCCUUGUUUCAGAUACUCUGCUCUUGGAAGCACUGCUGCACUAUUUGGGGCAACUUGGUUAACAUGAGUUUUCUACUCAACAGGUCCAUCCAGGAAAAUGGUGAACUCAAGAUUGAAAGCAAGAUUGAAGAGAUUGUUGAACCACUAAGAGAGAAAAUCAGAGAUUUGGAAAAAAGCUUCACCCAGAAAUACCCGCCUGUAAAAUUUUUAUCAGAAAAGGACCGUAAAAGAAUUUUGGUCACCGGAGGCGCGGGCUUCGUGGGUUCCCACCUCACGGACAAGCUCAUGAUGGACGGGCACGAGGUGACCGUGGUGGACAACUUCUUCACGGGCAGGAAGAGGAACGUGGAGCACUGGAUCGGCCACGAGAACUUCGAGCUCAUCAACCACGACGUGGUGGAGCCCCUGUACAUCGAAGUGGACCAGAUCUACCACCUGGCCUCUCCAGCCUCGCCCCCCAACUACAUGUACAACCCCAUCAAGACGCUGAAGACCAACACCAUCGGCACCCUCAACAUGCUGGGGCUGGCAAAGCGAGUCGGAGCCCGUCUGCUCCUGGCCUCCACCUCGGAGGUGUACGGAGACCCUGAAGUCCACCCUCAAACCGAGGAUUACUGGGGCCACGUGAAUCCCAUCGGACCCCGAGCCUGCUACGACGAAGGCAAGCGCGUCGCCGAGACCAUGUGCUAUGCCUACAUGAAGCAGGAAGGCGUGGAGGUGCGCGUGGCCAGGAUCUUCAACACCUUCGGACCCCGAAUGCACAUGAACGACGGCCGGGUGGUCAGCAACUUCAUCCUGCAGGCGCUGCAGGGGGAGCCGCUCACGGUGUACGGAUCCGGGUUGCAGACAAGGGCCUUCCAGUACGUCAGCGACCUGGUGAACGGCCUCGUGGCGCUCAUGAACAGCAACGUCAGCAGCCCCGUCAACCUGGGGAACCCGGAAGAACAUACGAUCCUGGAAUUCGCUCAGCUAAUUAAAAACCUCGUUGGCAGUGGGAGUGAAAUUCAGUUUCUCUCCGAAGCCCAGGAUGACCCCCAGAAAAGGAAACCAGACAUCAAGAAAGCGAAGCUGAUGCUGGGGUGGGAGCCCGUGGUCCCGCUGGAGGAAGGGUUAAACAAAGCAAUUCACUACUUCCGGAAAGAACUCGAGUACCAGGCGAAUAAUCAGUACAUCCCCAAACCAAAGCCCGCAAGAAUAAAAAAAGGACGGACGCGCCAUAACUGAAAACCUUGCCUUUUGGGACGGGAGAUGCCCUGUUUCACACUUGACGAGAUGUGUUUUUCUUUUUUUUAAAAGAAAGACUUAAACAGGUAUCAUGAAGAACAAACUGGAAUUCAUUCUGAAGCUUGCUUUAAGAAAUGGAUGUGCCUAAAAACUCCCCUAAAAAAACUGCAGAUUUUGCCUUGCACUUUUUAAAUCUGUCUUUUUAUGUAAAAUAGCAUUGCUGCAUCUCUGCGUAUUUUCAAAUUUUUUACCUUGCCGUGAGAGCCUAUGUCGUGACUGUCAUCGACAGUUUUAUUUACUGGUUUCUUUGUGAAGCUGAAAAGGAACAUUAAAUGGGGUGAUUAAAUGCUGAUUUAUUUAUAAAGUGGGUACUUAUAAAUGAGACGUUAUACUAUGCACAGAGGAGAAAAAGCAGACCAGCAGUAUUGUCAGGUAGGUGGGUGGCGUACCGCAUUAAUUCUCGGGCAGAUAAAAAAAUUCUGUUUGAGAGCUUUAUGUUUCUUCUAAUUCAGAAUUUUUCCAACGUCUAGUUUUUAGUUGCAGACUUGACUUUGAAAUGUUUCUGUUGGUUAUCACAAUCCAGGAUAUUUGAAAUCAAUCACUACUGUGUUGUGCUGCAUAUGGUGGGGGUGGGGAGUUAACAUAUUCUUGGUUAACAGUGGUUAAAUAUGCUAUUUUAAUAAAAUAUUGAAACUCA